GCGCGGCACGACUACCGCUUCUUCUACGCCCUCGCGCCCUCGGCGGCCGACUCGAAGUGGUUCGACCAGAUUGUCAAGGUCGACGUCUCCCGCGGAGGUGGCGCCGUCGCCGCGUCGUGGGCGCGCCCCGGCGUCUACGUCACGGAGGCGGACUUUGUGCCUCGGACGGGGAGCACCGCCGCCGCCGCGGAGGACGACGGGGUCUUGCUCUCGGUGCUGUACAAUUCCACGACGGAUUCGAGCUCUCUCGGCGUGUUUGACGCGCGGAGUCUCGCGCUAGUGGACCAGUUUGGACUCGGGGGAGUUGUGCCGUUCCACGCGCACGGCAUCGUCUGCCCGGCGUGGCACGGCGGCUGCUUCACCAACCCGUGA